AUGUCCUCUCAGAAUUCACAGCAGCAGCAGCAGCAGAGGGGUCAACAAAGACAACAGCAGAAUGCUGGACAGUCUCAAGCCCAGGCCCAGGCUCAGGCCCAGGCGCAGAGCAGGCCCGCGGGCCAGUUCUCUGCACAGGACUUGAACAGGAUUGUUCUCGAAUAUCUGAAUAAGAAGGGCUACCAUCGGACAGAAGCCAUGUUGAGGGCAGAGAGUGGGCGGACUGCUACUCAGCCCAGCAAGGAUUCACCCGGUACUGCGAAGAACGGGAAAGUACCUGAGUUGACCACUGAGCCGCCGAUGCCUGGUAAGGGUGCCAAGCCGGUUUCCAACCCAGCCGGUUACAGCAGCGGGUCGAAGCGAGAUGCCGAUGGUGGUCUUGUUUCGAAACAACUGGAGAGUAUGAACACCCCUGAAAACUAUAUACGAGCGUUCACCCUUUUGAAAAACUGGGUUAACACUUCUUUGGAGAUCUACCAGUCCGAACUGAGGUAUAUCAUGUACCCAAUCUUCAUAUACCUGUUUUUGGAUCUGGUCAAGAAGGAUGUCAUUGUGGCGCGACGGUUUUUUGACAAGUUUUCCGGCGAGUUCAAAGUGCUGCAUGGGUCCGAGAUCAACAGGCUGUUCAGUGUGAAUUCCGUGGACCACAUCAGGGAAAACGAAAUCGCAAGCGCUUUUGAGUCUAACAGGUACAGAAUCACCAUUUCGAGAACUGUGUUUGGUUUGCUGUUGUAUUUCCUAAACGAAAACGAAUCCAUGGGGGGGGCACUGGUCAUCAGUAUCUUCAACGAACAUAUACAGCCCAAUGUAGUGACUACAUUGGAGUCGAAGGAUAAGUUAUCUGAUGGGAUUGAGAUAUUGACUGAUGGGGAGAAGGGGAAGAAUGCAGAUCUGGAGCUAAACUCUGCGCCAGUCAAGCUGGGGCCCUUCCCUCAAGAUGAGGAUUUUGUGAAAGAGGUUGAGACGGAGUUGAAGAUUAAGGAUGACCAAGAGGCGGCAGCACAAGGUGUGAGUGAGUCAAAUGAUUCUGGCGAGACGGCGAAACCCACUUUGGUACAAGAGUUCAAGAAAAUGAACAACCAACCUGUAGACACAGAGUCCAACAGUAAAGAUGAAAAGAGUACAGAGAGGAGCGUUGGACCCGAGGGUGGAGAAACUCCUAAGGCGGAAAAACCGGUCACGAGCGAUACCAACAAGUUUGCGGAGGAUAUUAUAAUAAAACAAGAGCAGCAAAAACCAGUACAAGUUGAAGGGGAGAUCAAAGUGACAGAAUUGCCCGGGUCGAUGGAAUCCCCACCCAGAGAAAUCUUACCACUACCGCCCAAGACAACUUAUGAUAUCAAGUUAGAGAUCCAAAAAGUGAAGGAGUCCAGAGACGCCAUAAAGAUGGAUAACUUGCAACUGGCACUUCCCACGGUGUGCAUGUACACAUUCCACAACACGAACCGAGAUAUGACGUCGCUUGAGUUCAGCGACGACUCUCGUCUUGCAGCGGCCGGGUUUCAAGACAGUUACAUCAAGUUGUGGUCGCUCGACGGGUCAUCACUUAUCAGCAACAAGAUCCCAUCUUACAAGCGGAAGGAGAUGGAGACGACGGAUCCAGCAACAAGCACACUGAUAGGACACAGUGGGAGCGUGUACUCUACUAGUUUUAGUCCUGACAGUAGGUUCUUACUGUCCGGUUCUGAGGACAAGACCGUGCGGCUUUGGUCUCUGGACACGCAUACUGCACUGGUCAGUUACAAGGGCCACAACCACCCUGUAUGGGAUGUGAAGUUCUCCCCCUUGGGCCACUACUUCGCGACCGCGUCGCACGAUCAAACGGCGAGGCUGUGGUCGUGCGAUCACAUCUACCCUCUACGUAUCUUUGCAGGCCACUUGAGUGACGUCGACACCGUGUCCUUCCACCCUAACGGUUGCUACGUGUUCACAGGGUCCAGCGACAAGACGUGCCGAAUGUGGGAUAUCAGUACUGGUGAUUCUGUGCGGUAUUUUUGGGUCCACACGGCGCCGAUCCUUUCCACUGUGGUGACACCGGAUGGGAGAUGGUUAUGCACUGGGAGCGACGACGGGCUGAUCAAUCUAUGGGAUAUUGGUACUGGGAAGCGUAUCAAGCAGAUGCGUGGUCAUGGGAAAAACGCUGUCCACUCGCUGACGUUGAACAAAGAGGGGAACGUGCUGCUGAGUGGUGGUGCGGACCACUCUGUCCGUGUAUGGGAUCUGAAGAAGGCGACUAACGAGCCCGGGUUGGAACCUGAGCAGCCGUUCAUCGGCCACAUUGGGGACGUCACUGCAUCGAUCAAUCAGGAUGUGAAGGAUUUCGGGAGACGGCGCACGAUCAUCCCGACGACGGACUUGCUCUCGUCGUUCUACACCAAGCAGACGCCCGUUUUCAAAGUCAAGUUCACGAGAAACAAUCUGGCGCUUUCGGGGGGGCCCUUCAGAGAAGUAUAG